ACAAGUUAGUUAGUCAUACUUGAAUGACUAUCAAGCUCAGGGAAAUGUUGCUAUUGAUUGCAGGCUCAAUUUUCAAUAUGGCGGACGAAGCCGUGGAUUUUGAACCUGACUCAAAACGUCCUAGAAUAGCUUUGGAAUCGUCGCAAUCAAAUCUUCAAACAGGGACAGAUGAUCAAGCUGGUGAAGAGAAAACUUACGAGUUACCUAAGUGCGUUCAGGGAAAAGAUACUGACGGAAACCUUGAAAGGAAAAAUCCAACUGACCCAGAACACGUGCGCGAUGGCAGCCCUGAAGAGACACGAAACAUAAAAGAAGAGAACCCGGGAAACGAUGUAUCGGUUAAUGAAUCAUCUAAAAGUGGACUUGAUGCUGUGAUCGAUACUUGUGUUUCUGAAAAGGACGUAGGAAUUCUUGAAUUCGUGAGUAAUUUUCCAGGCUUUCACGGCGUACUGAAGCAGAGGUAUACAGACUUCAUUGUCAGUGAGAGGGACCUUGAAGGGAACAUAGUACGCCUGUCAGAUACCUCAAUACCUCAGGGUGACAAGACCAAAGAAUUUGAUCUUAAUAUAUUAAACCUAGAAGAGAGAGAAAAACUCCAAAGAGUUGUUGAUGAUGAGGAGAAAAAGCUUUCAGUGACUUUAUCUCCAGAUGACGACAAAGAUCACAGAAGAUUAAUUCACCGUGCCAUUAGGGAAAACUACUCUUUCUUAGACAGUGACACAGUGGAUGUAGGUGACAAAAAGGCAGUCAGAGUUUUCCAUAAGCGGGAUUCCAGUGGAAAGCAGAGAAAUACUCGCUGGCCAGCUGAACUUGGCAAUUAUUGCUGGUUUGUUCUUUACAAGGAAAACAAAGACACUAUGGAUGCUAUUAACCUUUUGAGCAAACUCCUUAAGAUCAAAGCGGGCAUGUUUGGCUAUGCUGGAACAAAAGAUCGCAGGGCAGUCACCACACAGCAAGUUUCAGUGUACCGAGUCAGGGCUGAACAACUGAAGGAUCUGAAUGCUUCCCUUUGGAAUAUGUGUGUUGGGAAUUUUAAGUAUUGCAGAGAGCCUCUUAAACUUGGUUCUUUGUCUGGAAACCAUUUUAUCAUAACACUUCGCAAUGUUGUUGGGGAUCAUGAUAAGAUAACAGAGAGUUUGGAGUCACUGAAAGUUAAUGGGUUUAUUAAUUACUUUGGAUUGCAAAGGUUUGGAACCACCUCAGUUCCCACGCAUAAAAUAGGUCGUGCAUUGCUUCUCAGUAACUGGUCUGAAGCCAUAGAUUUGCUUCUUGCUCCAAGAGAUGGUGAACCAGAUGAUCUGAAGGCCGCUCGUCAAUACUGGAAAGACACGAAUGAUGCCAAAGGGACUCUCAAGAGAAUGCCCAAACGGAAGUGCAUUGAGAGUGACCUCCUGCAGGGUCUGGUGAGACACGGGCCAUCAGGCCUGGUUAAUGCCUUGCAGGCCAUUUCUAGGAACACACGGCUCAUGUACGUCCACGCAUAUCAGAGCUAUGUGUGGAACUCUAUGGCAUCAAGACGCAUUAAGGAGUACGGGCUUCAGCCAAUCAAAGGAGAUCUGGUUGUUGCAUCAAAAUCAUCAGCUGCCUGUUCUACUGACACAGACGAGUCACAGAUGCAGGAUACUAUCGAAUUUAUUUCUGAGCCAAGCCGAACAGCAGUAACAGUCGUAACCGAAGAACAUCUGAAGAGUGGACAGUUCACAAUCCACGACGUUGUCCUUCCACUUCCUGGAUACGACGUUGUUUACCCUGACAACGAGCUAAAAGAUCACUACAGACAAAUAAUGGCCAACGAUGGACUUGACAUUGGCAACAUGAGGCGAAAAGUUCGAGACUAUGCACUUUCAGGGGCUUAUCGGAAGUUACUCGUCAGGCCGAGUCUUACGAGCUGGCGUUGGAUACGUUACAAUGAUGUUAAACAACCCCUGGCCCUGACAGACAAGGACCGACUAAAUGUGGCUCAGGAGCCCCAGUCUGUUCCAAACGGAAAGUACUUGGCACUACAGAUGGAGUUCACUUUGCCCACGUCAACUUACGCUACAAUGGCUUUACGUGAAGUUCUGAGAUGUGACACGUCAUCAGCUUACCAGUCUACUCUCAACCAAGAGUGAGGCCUGGUUGCAAUUGACAACUUGCUAUAAGUAUGGUAGACUCGUUAGAAAUUCCAUGUUUUCAAAGAAGGUCGUGCUGUAUUGGGACCGUUCAUUUCAGCUGAAAUUGUUUUGCGUUAGUUAGGAUCAAGUGCUUAAGAACCCAUUUUCCAACGCCUUUUCUGUUGAAACGGUCAAAAACUUUUCAGUGUACUGUUGAAAUCACCCAGUCAAACAUGUCACAGUUUGACCGAGUUUAAUGCCAUUUGAAAACAUUAAUCAACCAAACAAGUCGGAAACGCUUUCUUCUAAACGAAACCAAACAAGAAUGGUGAAAAAUUAAGACAUAUUCCGCUCAAAGUUCGAGCAAUAAGUGCAAAAACUAUUUACUUAAAAUCUACUCAUAGCACGGUAAC